AUGGAUCUUAUUCAUUACUUUGUUUUUAACCCAAAAAAUGUGCUUUUUAUUGCUCAUCAUUUGGCUAGUCUAUUUGGUCUUCUUACUUGUAGGUUUGUGGCUAAUCAUGGGGCUUUUGCUAUAUUAGUAAUCCUGGUUCUUGCUGAGGUAACUAGUCCAGUGCAGAAUGUAUGGUCAUUGGCAAGGUUACGAAAGGCCGAUUUUCGUGUAGCGAAACAGGUGUAUGAUUACUUGUCACCAAGGUUUUACACAUUCUAUACUGCUGUUAGAGGUGUGUUUGCACCUCUGUUUGUGAUCAAGAUGGGUUUUGUGUAUGCUAGUGGCGCGACGAAUAGCGUGAUUCCAAGAUGGGUUUGGUGUUCUUGGAUGUUGUUGACUGUGUCUGGUAUCAUGGGUAGCUUGUUGUGGAUUUUGAAUCAUUGGAUUGAGUUUUACAAAGAAAGUUUGUGCAAGAAAGAGAAGUUGAAAUGA